UUGGAGUCCCCUGCCGGUGGCCAGCUCCUGUGCCUGCCGGUCCGCGCCCCGCCCGCUCCAGCCAUGCUGUCCUCCCUCACCCGGCUUGCCAGCGCAGCUCUCCGCCACAGCUUCAGCACCUCGACCCAGAACAAUGCUAAAGUAGCCGUGCUAAGGGCCUCUGGAGGCAUUGGGCAGCCCCUUUCGCUACUCCUGAAGAAUAGCCCGUUGGUGAGCCGCCUGACCCUGUAUGAUAUCGCGCAUACACCCGGAGUAGCAGCAGAUCUGAGCCACAUCGAAACCAAAGCAACUGUGAAAGGCUACCUCGGACCUGAACAGCUGCCCGACUGCCUGAAAAGUUGCGAUGUGGCAGUUAUUCCGGCGGGAGUCCCCAGAAAACCAGGCAUGAGCCGGGAUGACCUGUUUAACACCAAUGCCACGAUUGUGGCCACCCUGGCUGCUGCCUGUGCCCAGCACUGCCCUGAAGCCAUGAUCUGCGUCAUUGCCAAUCCGGUCAACUCCACCAUCCCCAUCACAGCAGAAGUUUUCAAGAAGCACGGAGCAUACAACCCCAACAAGAUCUUCGGCGUGACGACCCUGGAUAUUGUCAGAGCCAACACCUUCGUCGCAGAGCUGAAGGGUUUGGAUCCAGCUCGAGUCAACGUCCCUGUCAUCGGUGGCCAUGCCGGGAAGACCAUCAUCCCCCUGAUCUCUCAGUGCACUCCCAAGGUGGACUUUCCCCAGGACCAGCUGACGACGCUCGUUGGGCGGAUCCAGGAGGCCGGCACGGAGGUGGUCAAGGCUAAAGCCGGAGCAGGCUCCGCCACCCUCUCCAUG